AAGACCAGGUCUCGUCCUCCACCGGUUUCGGUACCUAAAAGUGGAUGCAGGAGUGUUUGUUGAAAUGCCAGAACGGCAAACCACGAAGUAGGAGGCUCUCUCCAACGAGCAGCCUUCUCGUCGUUCCUCCCUUCCCAUCUCUCUCCCUUUUGUCUUCGAAUCUUGAUGCACCAGAGAUGGGCGCAUCCGGAAACCAGAUGCGCUUCUGAGUUGGAUGCCAUUCGACGAGCUCCGUGACGACGACAUGACGAAGUCCAGAACAUCCGACGAUUCUGCCAAGAACGACAAGAAGAAAAAGUCCAUCUUACCAAGCAUAUUCAGUAGAAAAGGGAAGAACAAGAGAGGCUCCGAUGGAGAAAUAUUCCCACGAGCGGAGAUCGUCUUCGAUUUGGAGAGCAGGUACAUUUCAAGGACAAAUCUACUUGAGGCGUAUCCAAUCGUGAGGAAAAGCCUUUCAGGUAGGCACACGAGCUCAAGAAUCGAAGGCCUCAACCUGUCCAUCUUGGAGAAACCCAGAAGGAAAUCUGGUGGUCGAGUGGAGGAGUACCGGGUGUUUGUUGGGACAUGGAAUGUAGGGGGAAGGUCUCCAAACAAUGGCCUCAACCUCGAAGAUUUCCUCCAAGUAGAAGGAUCAGCUGAUAUCUAUGUGUUAGGGUUUCAGGAAAUAGUUCCUCUAAAUGCAGGGAACGUGUUGGUGAUCGAGGACAACGAGCCGGCCACAAAAUGGCUGGCUCUCAUCAGCCACGCCCUCAACAAGCCCAGCGACAAGCACGACGACUCCUCCGACACCUGGAAUGGCGCAAAGCUCGGCAAGGAUUGCAAGUCGAGCAGCAGCCACCUCUUCCAAAAGCCUUCUUCCCUCAAAGCCAUCGGCAAGAACUGCCGCGUCGACGGCGCCCUCGUCAAGACUUGCAACUGCAGACCCGAGACCGCCAGCGGCAUCCGGCGAAGGGCGAGGAAGUUAAGGGAGUUCAUCGACAGCACCGACUCAGGCUCCGACGACGAGUACUACUGCCACCCCAUGUCCCAUGUCGUCAGCCCCGAAGCCCGGCGCGACGCCAACUAUUCCCUCGUCGCCAGCAAGCAGAUGGUGGGCAUCUUCCUCUCGGUAUGGGUUCGCAGCGAGCUGGUGCCGGACGUCGGCCACCUCAGGGUGGCGACCGUCGGGAGAGGAAUCAUGGGCUGCCUCGGCAACAAGGGCUGCAUCGCGAUGAGCAUGUCGUUGCACCGGACGAGCUUCUGCUUCGUCUGCAGCCACUUGACGUCGGGCGAGAAGGAGGGCGACGAACUGAAGAGGAACGCAGAUGUUUCCGAGAUCCUCAAGAGCACGCAGUUCCCUAGGGUCUGCAAGAUCCCGGGAAGUCGAAUCCCCGAGAAGAUCCUCGAACACGAUCGCAUACUGUGGCUCGGAGACUUGAACUACCGGAUUGCGCUGAGCUACAACGAAGCAACAACACUGCUGGAGGACAAUGACUGGGAUUCUCUUCUCGGAAGGGAUCAGUUGAAGAUGGAGCGAGAAGCAGGAAGGGUGUUCGACGGGUGGAAGGAAGGGAAGAUCUACUUCGCUCCCACGUACAAGUACUCGUACAACUCCGACGCAUACGCCGGGGAGACGACCAAGUCCAAGAAGAAGCGUCGAACACCUGCAUGGUGCGAUCGGAUUCUGUGGUAUGGCGAGGGCAUAGAGCAGCUGCAGUACUUCAGGGAGGAGUCGAGGUUCUCGGAUCACAGGCCGGUUUGUGCUGUGUUCCUGGCGCAGGUGGAGGCCAGCAGCCAUGGCAGGUGCAGGAAGGGCUAUUCCAGUGUGUACUCAAGGAUCCCCAGGGAUGAGAUGAUGUUACCUCAGAGACACAGCUUCUAUGAGUUCUAGAAGAAAGGCUGUUCUGAGCUGCAAUUUAUUGUAGAUGAGGAAUACACAUUAUGUGAUUGAUUGCUUAGUACCUCUUGCUAAACACUAAGCUAACAUUGGCUGUUUAGAAGCCUGAUCGAGCAACAAUCUUGCUUGCUGUACAAGCUCAUUUGUCUCUUGCCAUGCCAAUCUGGUAUGAUAUCUGA